CCUAGGACUCCAAGGUGAUAAGGGCUUCAGAAAAAUACACCGUGGAGCCAAGAGUGAGGAUUUAGACAGCCCUUCUCUAAUGCUCACUGACCGGUGCUGGCCCGUGAGCUGAUAGCGUGGGAUGGGUUGUUCCACGUCCAGCUCUAGAAGCGUCUGCGAUUGAGCCAGCCUGAGGACUCCAAGCCAGAUGAAUGAGACAGGGCUGCUGACUAAGAGGAUCUAAAUUUCUGCCAGCUUCCCCCAGGUCCCUGGGCCCUGUCUGUCUAGGGGUCUGUCUCUCUCUCUCAGUGUCAAUCUUUCCCCUUCUUCAGUCUCUGCCCGUUCGCCUCCCAGGCUGUUCGAGACUGUCAGUGCUUUGCCGUGCCCCUGGCCUCGUGCCCUGCGCUGCCCUCCACUGUGUGUUGGCGUGCGAUGGCGCGGCAGGACUCUGAGCGUUGCCGCUGCGGGCUGUGAUGUCAGAGCCCAGCAGCCCCGGUGAGAGCCAGCGCGGCGCUCCCAGAUUCUUCGUGGGCUGCGAGGACGAUGAGAGCGAGAGCCUUGGGGACACCAGCAUGAGGACAGACAUGGAUCUGUACGAGGAUGACGAGGAGGCGGACUUGCCGCCAGAGCGGCAGAUCGUGGUGGGGAUCUGCGCAAUGACAAAGAAAUCCAAGUCAAAACCAAUGACUCAGAUCUUGGAGCGGCUUUGUAAGUUCGAGUACAUCACAGUGGUGAUUUUCCCCGAGGACGUCAUACUCAAUGAGCCUGUCGACAACUGGCCCCUCUGCGACUGCCUCAUCUCCUUCCACUCUAAAGGAUUUCCUCUUGACAAAGCAGUGAGUUAUGCAAAACUACGGAGCCCACUUCUCAUCAAUGACCUGAACAUGCAGUACUACAUACAAGACAGGAGAGAGGUGUAUCGGAUCUUGCAAGAAGAAGGGAUCGAUUUACCCCGCUAUGCUGUUUUGAACCGGGACCCAGACAAACCAGAAGAAUGCAACCUGGUUGAAGGAGAGGACCACGUGGAGGUGAAUGGGGAGGUUUUCCAAAAGCCGUUUGUAGAAAAGCCAGUCAGCGCAGAGGAUCACAAUGUGUAUAUCUACUACCCCACCUCAGCUGGUGGAGGCAGCCAGCGCCUCUUCAGAAAGAUUGGGAGUCGCAGCAGUGUGUAUUCCCCAGAAAGCAGCGUGCGAAAGACUGGUUCCUACAUCUAUGAGGAAUUCAUGCCAACAGACGGGACGGAUGUGAAGGUGUACACCGUAGGGCCGGACUAUGCUCAUGCUGAGGCCCGCAAGUCUCCUGCGCUGGAUGGGAAGGUGGAGCGAGACAGUGAGGGGAAGGAGAUCCGUUACCCUGUGAUGCUCACUGCCAUGGAGAAACUCGUAGCUCGCAAAGUGUGCCUGGCUUUCAAGCAAACAGUGUGUGGGUUUGACCUUUUACGAGCCAAUGGGCACUCCUAUGUCUGUGAUGUUAAUGGAUUCAGCUUUGUGAAGAACUCCAUGAAGUAUUAUGAUGACUGUGCCAAGAUCCUGGGUAAUAUUGUAAUGCGGGAGCUGGCUCCCCAGUUCCAAAUCCCCUGGUCAAUCCCUACGGAGGCAGAGGACAUUCCCAUAGUACCUACCACUUCCGGAACCAUGAUGGAGCUGCGCUGUGUUAUUGCAGUGAUCCGACAUGGAGACCGAACCCCGAAACAGAAGAUGAAGAUGGAAGUGAGGAACCCGAUGUUCUUUGAUCUGUUUGAGAAAUAUGAGGGCUACAAGACAGGAAAACUGAAACUUAAGAAGCCAAAGCAGUUACAGGAGGUGCUGGACAUUGCCCGACAGCUACUGGCUGAACUGGGCCAGCACAAUGACUGUGAGAUCGAGGAGAAGAAAUCCAAGCUGGAGCAGCUGAAGACUGUGCUGGAGAUGUAUGGCCAUUUCUCUGGAAUAAACAGGAAAGUGCAGCUGACCUACCUGCCCCAUGGCCAACCUAAAACCUCCAGCGAGGAAGAAGAUUCCCGGAAGGAGGGCCCCUCGUUGCUGCUUGUGCUGAAGUGGGGAGGAGAACUGACUCCGGCAGGCAGGGUGCAGGCAGAGGAGCUGGGCCGGGCCUUCCGCUGCAUGUACCCAGGAGGGCAAGUAGAUGGCAGCCGCAGCGCCCUGGGGUGUGAGUCCCCUAUUGACUGUGGGGACUACGCUGGGUUUCCCGGCUGUGGGUUGCUCCGGUUGCACAGCACCUAUCGGCAUGACCUUAAGAUCUACGCCUCUGAUGAGGGCAGGGUGCAGAUGACAGCAGCAGCCUUUGCCAAGGGCCUGCUGGCUCUGGAGGGGGAGCUCACGCCCAUCCUGGUGCAGAUGGUGAAAAGCGCCAACAUGAACGGUCUGCUGGACAGUGACAGCGACUCGCUCAGCGGCUGCCAGCACCGUGUCAAGGCCCGGCUUCACGAGAUCAUGCAGAAGGAUCAGGACUUUACAGAGGAGGACUUCGAAAGGCUGGCCCCAACCUGCAGCUCAUCUCUGUUGAAUUCUAUGAAAGUGGUGGGGAAUCCUGUCAAGACCUGUGACAGCGUCUACGCCCUCAUCCAAAGCCUUACCUCGCAAAUCCGCCGGAGACUUGAGGACCCCAAGUCAGCUGACCUGCAGCUGUACCACAGCGAGACCCUGGAGCUGAUGCUGCAGCGCUGGUCCAAGCUGGAGCGGGAUUUCCGCAUGAAGAGUGGGCGCUACGACAUCAGCAAGAUCCCUGACAUUUACGACUGCGUGAAGUACGACGUACAGCACAACGGCUCUUUGGGGCUAGAGGAUACGCUCGAGCUCUUCAGGCUCUCCCGUGCUCUGGCUGACAUCAUCAUCCCUCAGGAAUAUGGCAUCUCUAAAGAAGAGAAGCUGGACAUCUCCUAUGCCUACUGCCUCCCACUGGUGAAGAAAAUCCAGCUAGACCUGCAAAGGACGCAUGAGGAUGAAUCGGUUAACAAGCUGCACCCUCUGUACUCCCGUGGGGUGAUGUCUCCAGGGCGCCACGUGCGAACACGACUGUACUUCACCAGCGAGAGCCAUGUGCACUCCCUGCUCAGCAUCUUCCGCUAUGGAGGCCUGCUGAAUGAGGAGAAGGAUCAGCAGUGGAAGCGUGCGAUGGAUUACCUGAGUGCAGUCUCCGAGCUCAACUACAUGACGCAGAUCGUCAUCAUGCUGUACGAGGACAACAACAAGGACCCCUCAUCAGAGGAGAGGUUCCAUGUGGAGCUGCACUUCAGCCCCGGAGUUAAAGGCUGUGAGGAGGAGGAGAAUGCGCCCAUGGGGUUUGGGUUUCGUCCUGCAUCUGCUGAGAACGAGGAGAAGCAGACCGACCCAGGCAGCUUGGAAGACUUGUCCCAAGAUGAGCCGGACCGGGCUGUUCCACUCUCUGAGCCAAUAAGCAUUCAGAAGAAAUCGCCCCUCACGCGCACUCGCAAGACUGGUUCCAUGGAGGUUCUCUCCGAAACCUCCUCCUCCAAGACAGGAGGUUACCGCCUCUUCCCCUCCUGCUCUCGGCAGUCCCCCGAGAUGAAACAGAGCGGCUUAGGGUCUCAGUGCGCAGGCCUCUUCAGUACCACAGUCCUAGGAGGCUCUUCUAGUGCCCCCAACCUUCAAGACUACGCUCGUACACACCGCAAAAAAUUCUCCACUGGCAGUCUGUCCUAUAAAGACGAGUUGUUGUCUAUGCCGGCAGUAAAGCGAUUUUCUGUGUCGUUUGCAAAGCAUCCGACUAAUGAGCCCCUGGAGGAGCACCAUGUGGCCCAGCUGUUGCGGCGGUUUUCCACAGACCAGGCUAUGGGGCGCCCGCUCUCUCUGGACGCGGCGCUGGCCCACCACCUCCACCAGUGCUCCUACCACCUGCGCCUCUUCCGCAACUGGUUAAUCUCCGGCCAGGACACCAUAGAGUGCCUCUACGGAUUUGAAGGCUGCUCGAUGGUGCCCUCUAUCUACCCACUGGAGACACUGCACAACUCGCUCUCACUCAAGCAGGUCAACGAGUUCCUGACUGCCGUUUGUGAGAGUGGCAAUGAUUCCCACUCCAGAGCCACCAGAGCUCUCUCAGCCAUGUUUGACUCCCAAAACCAGCCUGCAGUGGAUGCCUUCAUUCCUCAGAGAGUGCUGUCCUCCUCCGUGUCUGUCCUGUCCCUGAGACACCGCUCUGACCGACCACCCUGGUACAGCAGUGGUCCUUCCAGUACAGUGUCCAGUGCUGGCCCUUCCUCACCCACGACAGCUGACAUGUCUCCACGCUUCAGCUUCAGUGACAAAACCCCUCUCACACCCCAGAGCAGUGAGGAGGCACACUCCAGUCAGCAGGGGAGUAGCCAGCCCUCCUCUACUGCCAAUCUUCCCAGCAGCUCACCCACUGACACCAGCGCCGCCGGAGCAACCCAACCUAAUAGCAAAACCCCCAGUCCUCAGCAGUCCUGCGACCAGCAGUUUAACAGUACAGAUCAGCCUGUCAGCUGCACUCACCCGCCUCUUCUAGCCACUCCUAGCAGCCCAGAAUCGCAAGAACCCUUGAGCAAACACGUUGAGCAAGACCUGCCCGUUUCCCAGUUGGCUGAGCUGAGCCUGGAGAGGGUGGAAUUGGGAGGGACCCCUGGCUCUCUCCCUGUUCUGCUGGAGCUCGGAGAGAGCAGUUCUGAGACAGGAUCCAAUGCACAAACGCCCCUCACUCCUGAGGCUACAGAGGAAUUCUUUGACACACAAGAGACAGUGGAAGUUUAGGAGAUCAUCCCCAGUAGCCUGGUGCAUCCUGGGAUGCCACUAGAUGCAUAAAAGUAUCACAGCAUUAGUGACUCAGCAAGAGGAAGAGGCAAUGUUGUUGUGAUCCUUGGGCGUUGUUUUAAUUCUUCCUACCAUUAGAUGUUCAAAAGGAUGACAUAGCUUAGACAGGUGUUAAAUAAGGUCCUGUAUCCCCUAAUGUUUUAUGAAUGCAUUUGUGGUUGGGUCCUGUAAUGAUCUGGGUUAUGAUCAUGUUUUCAAUCACAAUGCAAAUUAUUGUUUUGUGGCAGUCAAAUUCGGUAGUCAGAUGUCGCCUUCAUGUUUGCUGUGGAGCCAAACCUUUCUUCCAAACCUUGUAAUCCAUUACACAGAGUAUAUCUGAGUCAGAGUGAUCACAUGCAUUGGCCCUUAAUCUGUGGGAACUGAAAAAUAUCACUGUUGUUAUUUGCAAGAAUAGCAAUUAUUGAUAUCCGUAAACAGUUUAGUACAGUAUAUAUACAUAUAUUCUCAAAGUUUUCAAGGAAAUAAUUGCAUUAAGAUAAGUAUUUGUUUCACUGCAAACAACCAGAGAUGAAGCAAAAAAAUUGUAGCCCACACUUUUCUACAGCUUUUAUACACUGAAUCCAAUGCUAAAGCUGGCUCAGUGUCCCGAAAAACGUACUCCUUUUGGCAAUAUUUUAACUUUGCACUUUGUCGACAACACUCUGAAAAGUAAAUCUGGAAGCUGAAUGAAAUUCUGUCAUUUCUGACACCAAACCAUGGGUAUAAAAAUAUAGAUUUUUAAAAAAAUUGGUAUCAUUUUAACCAUUUUGGUUAUGGUACAAAACAAUCACUGCGUUCAUUACACUCUGAUCUUGAAAGAAGAUUUGUUUGUCUAGUGCACAUUAACGUCUUAUAUUAAUUUUACAAAUGUAUUUUUAUAGCCUCAGAUAAAUAGAAAGAUUUGUAAUUUGUUAUCUUCCUGCAGAUUUAAAAGAUCAUUAGGCCUAUUAAUAAUCUGAAAAUCUGCUUGAGGUCACCAUCAGUAUUUGCCUGUCGUCUCUAAACUAGCCGCUGGAGUAAAGACAUUGAUUAAAUUCGAGAGACAGAGGGAAAAUCGCUGAAGUACAGUUGCCAUUGUUUCCAACAUUUCCCCCAAAAAAUAUAUCAAAACUCUUAAGUGGAUUCCUGUGGAUCCGAACACUUGAAUGUGCUUUAUUGCCAAAGUUUUUAAGUAUCACCUGCCACUGAAGUAAAAGGAAGACAUUUUCACUGCAGAAUACAUCAGAAGAACAUGGAGCAAUGCUCAGUGGAUCUCAGUUAUCAAUGAAAUACAGUGGGUUUCUCCUUAAGACUGUUUUGAUGCCAUGUCUGUUUUUAUUUCUAUAGAUAUGACAUCAAGUUUCUAAACCUGAAAUUUCAAACGAGUUUAAAUUCAUUUGAUAUCAACAUUUUUUUCCAUGUUGCUAUUUAUUUGUAAAACCACACAUGGAAUUUCAAAACAUUUUUAAACUGCUGUUUAUAAUUGGAUUUAUUGUUUAUUUGCCUAUGUUCAACAAUUGCACUGAGUGAAGAAUGAACUGAUACUGUAUUUUGUAAUCAGAAUGAAUUAAUUCUGAUUUUUUGUGUAGUAUUGAUGCUGAAAUAUGUUGGAGAAUCAGAUGCAUUAUUUAAUGUUGGUUAGAAAAAUCCAUGCUGCUCUGAAGCAAACACUGUAAAUUGUCUCUGUGUUAAUGAAUCUGAAAAUAAAUUAAUAAUAUAAAAAUUUGA